AUGCUUCUCCUCGGCCUAACAGGCUCCAUCGCAACCGGCAAAUCCACAGUCUCCUCCCUACUCUCCCAACCCCCCUACUCCCUCCCCAUAAUCGACGCCGACCUCAUCGCCCGCCAGGUUGUCGAGCCCGGGACACCAGGCUACAAAGCCAUCGUCAAGCACUUCCUACCCACAACGCCCGACCUACUCCUGGCCCCCGACCCCAACAGCAACACCGACACCACCAAAGGCCGCCCCCUCAACCGCCCCGCCCUAGGCCGCCGCGUCUUCGGCCCCAGCCCAACCCAAUCCCGCGACCGCGCCCUCCUAAACUCCAUCGUCCACCCGGCCGUCCGCCGAGAAAUCUACCGACAAAUCCUCUUCGCCUACCUACGCGGGCACUGGGCCGUAGUGCUAGACAUACCGCUGCUGUUUGAGAGCGGGUGGGAGCGGUACUGCGGGACGAUUGUCGUGGUCGGGGUGUCUGAUCCCGCGAUCCAGAUUGAGCGGUUGCGGCGCCGGGAUGGGCAUCUGAGUGAGGAGGAGGCGCGGAAUCGGGUGCUGAGUCAGGGGGGUGUGGGGGAGAAGGUGGAGCGGUGUAGGAGGCGGGGGGAGGGGUGGGGGGUUGUGGUUUGGAAUGAUGGGGAUAGGGGGGCGUUGGAGGGCGAGGUGCGUAGGGUGAUGGAUGGGGUGAGGAGGGCGAGUCCGAGGUGGUGGGGGUUUUUGCUGUGGGUUUGUCCGCCGUUGGGGGUGGGGGCGGGGCUGUGGAGUUGGUAUAAGAUGAGGAAUGUGCAGUUGAGGUGGGAGGAGGAGAAGAGGAGGGAGAAGGCGAGGUUGUAG